UCCUACUAUAUAAGUUCCCUCUCCCCAGCCUGCUCCCAGUUCUCAGUGUUUCUGUGUACCUGGAGGAGCUUCCUGGGAUAUCAUCAUGAAGAUCCUGUUUGCAGCUCUCCUUGCUGUGUUUGUCCUGUCUAACUUUGACAUGGUGGACUCCUCUUCUUAUGAUAAGAUAGUCUACCACAGUAAAGUCAGGGCAAGAAAAGAGGGACCCAACGUGUGCGCUCUGCAGCAGGCCAUGGGGACCAAGAAGAAGUACUUCAGCACGUGUCGUAAUUGGUAUCAAGGGGCCAUCUGUGGAAAGAAAGCGACGGUGCUGUAUGAGUGCUGUCCAGGCUACAUGAAGCUGGAAGGAAUGAAAGGAUGUCCUGCAGUGGCCCCUAUAGACAAUGUGUAUGGUACCUUGGGCCUGGUCAAGGCCACCUCCACCCAGGAAUACUCUCACAUAUCCAAGCUGCAGGGGGAGAUAGAGGGAUCUGGGUCAUACACCUUCUUUGCUCCCAGCAACGAUGCCUGGGACUUGUUAGAUGAGGAAGUGCGUAGCGCGUUGGUGAGCAACGUUAACAUUGAGCUGUACAAUGCUCUGCACUACCACAUGGCUAACAAACGCCUGCUUACCAAAGACCUGAAGAACGGCCUGGUGGUCGACUCCAUGUACAACGACCUGGGACUCUACAUCAACCACUACUCCAACGGGAUCGUGACGGUGAACUGUGCCAGGAUUAUCCAUGGCAACCAGGUUGCCACCAAUGGGGUGGUGCACAUCAUCGACCGUGUCAUCACUGCCGUGGGCAACACCAUCCAGGAUGUCAUCGAGGUUGACGAUGACCUCACCACUCUCAGUGAAGUGGCUCUGGCCUCAGGCCUGCUGGACAAGCUGGGACAACCCGGCCAGUACACCCUGUUCGCCCCCACCAACGAUGCCUUCGCCAAGUUGGACUCAGACGUGCUUCAAAGACUGAUGGGUGACAAGGGUGUCCUCCAAGCUCUGCUGAACUUCCACAUGCUGAACUCUGUCCAGUGUUCAGAGGGCAUCAUGUCCGGCCAGACCUUUGAGACCCUGGAAGGCCACAACAUCGAGAUUGGCUGUGACGGGGACAGCCUGACGGUCAACGGCAUCAAAAUGGUGUUGAAGAAAGACAUUGUCACCGCCAACGGAGUCAUCCACCUCAUCGACGAGGUCCUCAUGCCUGACUCAGCUAAGCAGGUGAUGGAGCUGCUCACCCCUUCCCAGUCCACCUUCAGUGACAUGGUGUCAGAGCUGGGUCUGUCUGCAGCCAUGGCAGCUGAGGCAGAAUACACACUACUGGCCCCGCUCAAUUCUGUCUUCACUGAUGAGGUGAUGGCCCUUGACCAGAGCUUUCUGAAGGUGAUUCUGGAGAACCACAUCCUGAAGGAGAAGAUCACUCUGGGACAGCUGUACAACGGACAGCGCCUGGAGACUAUCGCCGGGAAGUUCCUCAGAGUCUUCAUCUACCGCACAGCGGUGUGCAUAGAGAACUCCUGCUUGGUGCGCGGUAGCAAGGAGGGCAGUAACGGAGCCCUCCACCUGAUGAGGACUCUGAUGAAGCCAGCUGAGACCAGCAUGUUCCAGAUCCUCACUGACAACGGAGGAUUCAAGAUCUUCCUGUCACUGAUGGAGAUGGCUGGUCUGACUGACCUGCUCAAACAGGAAGGAGAAUACACUCUGUUCGCUCCCAGUGAUGAGGCCUUCGCUGGCGUCAGCGACAGUGACAUGGCUCUGCUCAGAGGCAAUAUGAACGCCCUGCGUACCAUCUUGCUCUACCACUUCAGCAACGGAGUGUUCAUCGGCGGAGGUUUGGAGACUGGGGUGACCAACCUCCUCAAGUCUCUGCAGGGAAACAACCUCCGAGUACUGCAUGCUAACAACACAAUCAGGGUGAACACUAUUGAGGUCCCUGAAAAUGAUAUCAUGGCUACUAAUGGAGUCAUUCACUUUGUCAAAACCCUCCUCUACCCCGGAGAGCUGCCUGCUGGAAACUCUGACCUUCUGGGGCUGCUGAGAAGACUCAUCAAGUACAUGGAGAUCAAGUUCGUGUCAGGAUACAGAUAUAAGGAAAUCCCUCUCACAUUCAUGAAGAGGACGAUCGUCACACGCGUCAUUGAGUCAGCGCCUGAUGUGACCCAUGUGACUAGGGUUAUCGAAAGGGAACCUACCAUCACCAAGGUGACCAGGGUGAUUGAGGGACAGCCUACCAUCACCAAGGUGACUAGAGUCAUUGAAGGCGAGCCAAAGUUCACCAAGGUCACUAGAGUCAUCGAGGGAGAGCCCAAGGUCACCAAAGUUACCAGAGUCAUCGAGGGAGAGCCCAAGGUCACCAAAGUUACCAGAGUGGUCUCAGGUCCUCAGUACUCGGCCAGCAGCAGUGGCUCCAGCAGUGGUAUCUCCAACAUUGAGCUGGAAGGUGCUGACUUCUCCCGUAUCACCACCAUCGAGGGAAACCCCUCAAUGCUCGACAUGGACUCUGAAAAAAUCACCAAGUUCAUCCAAGAGGGAAACCCGAGACGAGUAACUGGCAGGAAAAUUCCAACUGGUGCCAGGAGGAGAGUCAGACCAGAGGGACAAUGA